AUGAUAUCAGGUGGCCCACCAGGAGGUAACCAGGGCGGCCGUCUCAGCGGCAGCUUCUACGAGACGGUCAGGAAGUCCACCGCCCUGCUUGCGGCUGCAGUGUUAGCCGUCCUGAUGACUUCUGCAGUAUUAGCUAUCUCCAGCAGGAAAGACACAAACAUCAACCAGGACGCACCUAAGACGUCUGCAGAUACAACACUAGAUUGGCAGUUGAUGACAGAACUCGGGCGAGAGAUCAAAUUGUGGCCCAAGCGGAGUUCAGUGCCAGCCGACUCUACGAGUCUUCUGCUUCACCCCAUUCCUGCCGUGGUCGUCGGAGACACGCCUGACGCGUACUGCGAGACGGAAGCCGCAUGCGUGCCACUGUUGCGUAAAUACAGCGACGAGCGCCAGGUCCAGUGGAACUUCCUCGUAGAUGUGGCGGGCAACGUCUACGUGGACCGAGGCUGGGACGCUGCCACCAACGUGUCGUCCUGGCUGCAGGGCUGCAACAUAGCAGUAGCACUCGUGGGCAACUUCCAGGACCAAAAUGCUACCGACAGUAUGAUGAAAUCGCUGCGGCAACUGCUGGAAUUCGGUGUGAGCUCGGGUAAGCUGAAACCCGACUACCGACUCGUAUCGUACGGCCAGGUGGAGUCCUUGAUCCCCGUUAAGAGUCCGGGAGAUGGCGUGCUGAGAGUGAUAAACGGAUGGCCACAUCGAUGCAUGGCAGACUGUGACCUUGGCCUAGAAUGUCUUCACUCAACACGUAUAGUUAAGAAUCGUUAG